GUAGCGUAUAGAAGCAAAAGCAAGCCUCCCUCGGAUUCUCUCCCGGCAGGUUCCUAUUCGGGACCUCAUCACGAUGGGAGCGAGUUCAAAUAUAAGUCUUUUCCACUUACGUCUGCGAGAUCGGAAGGAGUUCGUCUUCGGGAGCGCGAUAAAAUGCCGUUUCAUACGAAUCGAUGUCGACAGUGAAUCUUUCGCCAGGCACUUUCAGGUGACCUUGUCGAGCAAUUCAACCCGAGGCUCUCAAAAUGGAUUUCAGCAGCACCCCGGGUUACCAUGGCUCCAGAGAGAUUGGACUCAAUGCAUGGCUUAUCGGGUUCUCAACGCUGUUCUACGGUCUCCGUCUGUUUGUCCGGAUAUCUAUGACAAAAUCCCCUGGGCUUGAUGAUGGAAUUGCUGGUAUAGCCUAUGUGUUCUUAUUGUUUCAAUCGAUGACGGACAUUCACUCGGUAUCUUUCGGCAGCGGAGCACACUUGGUCUAUAUACCACAAGGCAUCCUAGAUGAAUUUUUCAAGGCAUUGACUAUCCAGACACUCGUUUAUUUUUGGGCCGUGGCCCUGGUCAGAUUUGCAAUUCUUGCCUUUCUCUCUCGACUUUCCCAAGACAGGAGCAUCACUAUAAUCUCGUGGACCGUCGCGGUAGUAAUUCUGGCCCAGACCAUCGCUGCUUUUAUAUAUAGGCUUACCGAGUGCAAUCAACUAGAGGAUAUCUUCAAACCUCAAGGUCCUCAGGAUGCCCAUUGUGUAGGAGCAGCGGAUCAUAACAAAAUGAUGGUUGGACAUGGAAUCGUUGGCAUAGUUGUCGAUACGAUUCUCCUGCUCUUACCUAUCUGGGUUAUUUAUACCAAGAUGAUGUGGUCUAAGAAGACUCUCCAGAUCAUACUUGUCCUCAGCGUCGGGUUUUUUGCAGUCGCCACCGGAAUUAUACGUGUAAUCUUGAUUAAGACCAAAAACUUCGAGACAGACGUAACAUACGAGAUGCCGUCUCUUGGCAUCUGGACAAAUCUUGAAGGCCAUGUCGGGUUAUGGUGCGGAUGCUUCCCUGCGCUGCAACCCCUUCUACGAAUGGUACCGGGCAAACUUUGCGGCACGACAAAUAAUGGCGGGCAACAGAAUGAGAAGAUAAGUCACGACGCGACAAAAACGACAUACGAAGGAAGUGUAGUAUAUCGCAAUGAAGCGGACGGCGAAAGCCAACGGGCAAUCGUCUCGAUAGAUAUGGGAGUUGGAGACAGAGAAAUGCAAAAACGAGAUGCAUCUCCUGUAUGAAAUUGGACUUAUUUUUAGUAUGUAGAGGGAUUUGGAAUCUAGGGCUCGGAAUACUUUCAUUAAUACGGAUAGACAUUGUUCCAUACGGAUAUUUCCUUUAAAGUUAGCAUCUAUUAAUUAGAAGACUGUUAAGUAAUUUGGUGGUAUGAGCUUGAGAAUAUCAUAACUGUACUUGGAUGAGGCAAGGAUUUUACCUCCCGCUUCGUCAUCGUUGUUCUUUUGAUUCGAUGCAGAGACAGAGAUAAGAGGGACUUGGCUAUCUGAAUAUCUAAAUCUAAACCGAACAAGUAGGGUGGGACAGAC